GCAAGUCGGGGCUACUCUGGAGCAGAGGCAGCGGCAGCUGGAGCCUAGCGCUCUCUCCGCGCGCUCACUGGCCCCGGAGCCCCUGGCGUGGAUCCGUAAGAGUCGCUCCUCCUGUCCCAAGCUCACCCGCUUCCUUUCGUGCCGGCUGCAGUUUACCCAGCUCAGGAAGCCGACAGGGCCCCGGGCUGAAGGUGAAACCCCACGGAGAAGAUUGGAGACAGACAUGCACCUGGCAAGAGCACCAUUGUUGGGGGUGAUGUAUCUGCAAGCCAAGUGAUGCUGAAGAUUGCUAGAAAACCACCAGAAGCAGAGAGAGAGACAUGGGACAGAGCCUUUCCUAGAGGUUUCAAAAGAAGCUAACUGCCCUAACAACACCUUGAUUUCAGACUUCUAACCUCCCAAACUUAACUAGAUAACUACAAUUGUUAUUUUCUGAGAUGGAAAAAGUGGAUCAGCAGCUUGUCUGGAGUUUACAGAGCCCUGGUCGAUGUGGUCCAGUUAGUUGGAGCAUCAUCCCAUAGAUGGAAAAAUUGUGGGUUCAAUUCCCGGUCAUGGCACACACCCAGGUGACAGGCUUAUGGAUGAACGUAUAAUCUGAAAUGAAAAAGAAGUCAGUAGAUUGGCUUCCUGGAGUCAGUGCUUGGACCAAAAAUAAAGAAGAAACAUGAGUUUCCCCUGGAAAUCACUCAAGUGGAAGAUGGAAGGGGCCAUCUAAAAUAGAUUAGAAGCUGCAGGCUGCAACACUGGGGCCAGAGGGCUGGCAGUGGAAAACUCUGUUGGGUUGUGAUCUCUCACGAAAGAGUUCCAGGUGUCUUUUUGCUUCCUGCAAGACAAAGGAAGAAAAGGAGAAGACCAUGUCUAUAGCAUUGAAGCAGGUGUUCAACAAGGACAAGACCUUCCGGCCCAAGAGGAAAUUUGAACCUGGCACACAGAGGUUUGAGCUCCACAAGAGGGCUCAGGCAUCCCUCAACUCAGGCGUGGACCUAAAGGCAGCUGUGCAGCUGCCCAGUGGGGAGGACCAGAACGACUGGGUAGCCGUACACGUGGUGGACUUCUUCAAUCGGAUCAAUCUUAUCUAUGGCACCAUCUGCGAGUUCUGCACUGAGCGAACCUGCCCUGUGAUGUCAGGGGGCCCCAAAUAUGAAUAUCGGUGGCAGGAUGACCUCAAGUAUAAGAAGCCGACUGCACUGCCAGCUCCUCAGUACAUGAACCUUCUCAUGGAUUGGAUCGAGGUCCAGAUCAACAAUGAAGACAUAUUUCCAACAUGUGUGGGUGUUCCCUUCCCAAAGAACUUCCUUCAGAUCUGCAAGAAGAUCCUGUGCCGCCUUUUCCGGGUCUUUGUCCAUGUCUACAUCCACCACUUCGACCGGGUCAUCGUGAUGGGUGCAGAGGCCCAUGUCAACACCUGCUACAAACACUUCUAUUACUUCGUCACAGAGAUGAACCUCAUAGACCGCAAGGAGCUGGAGCCCUUGAAUGUUAGCAGACAUCCCAGGACACAGUUUUUCUCCUGCAUUUUGAGGCUGUAUGGUGUGAUGAGAAAAGCACUGGCUCUGGCUUUUCACAGAGUAACUCAAUAACUUUGGAAAGAGAUGACGAGCAGGAUGUGUCACUAAGACCCCAUCUUACCCUUCGAAGAAAGAGGAAAGCUGUUUGUUCCUGAAGUUCCAGGUGGACAGGAGGGAGACCUCACGGGAUGAAAUGGCGUACAGACUUCCAGGAGCAGGCAAGCUGUAGACAAGGGGUGAUUCCUGAGAGACGUCCCCCAUCCCUUCCUGUGCUCUUAACCCUGAGUGCUGCUAGCCACGACCUGUGGGCCAGCUGUCCACAGCAUGAGAGAAGGACUGCCCCUCCGCUCCUGGCUCUGGAGGAAGCUUCCUGAUUGUGUGGCAGUUCUGCCUGGGACCUGUGCCCAAGCAGUGCUGGAAUUCAGGUUGUGAGACCAAGAUACUGUUUGUACUCUUCCACCUAUCCACUGGCUGUCCACUGGCUGACUUUUCUGUAUGUGUUUUCUAAGUACCAAGUGCUUUUAGAUCUCUGGUUACAAAGCAAAUUUUUCUACAACGAGCCUUCCUUUUGGGUCCCUGAGGACUCCCACCCCGAUCAUGUGUCUCAGCUGUGUGCGGGGCUGCGGAGCCUGGAGAGACCGGAGGCCCCACCGCAGCACUGGCACUGUCUUCCUAAUGGGCGGUUUCAUCAGGGACACCCUGAGGGGUGGCUGGUCUCUGCCCCCAACAGGGUCUACACCCUUUAACUACAGGGAAGAGACUGAUUUCUAGCAAAAUGCCACCACGUUGCCAGUUUACCCUGAGUGUUUUUUAUAACCACUCCACUCCUUGUUUCUUCCAUUCAAGAUAUUUUUCCUGUUUCCCAGAAGAGGAACAAAAGGAAGUUGUAAAUGACUAAGGAUGAUCAGCAGAGGCCCUGAGCCAGAUUAGUGCAGUGUUUGUUCUUAAUUAGGGGGUAGGGAGUCAUGGCUGUCUCUGCAUAAUACUAAAAUUUCAGUGAAAAAGAAAAGUACAAUUGCUUAUUGAUGCAUGAAGCUCAGAUUCUCCGAGCAUUGACUUGGAACCUUCCUAGCUGGCCCUCUGAGCUUUUAAAUGCAGUCCAUGUUUUCUUCCUCUUCCUCCACACUUUCCUCUUUUCUGCUGUAUUAUAUUAUGGCAUAAAAUUACUUUCUGCCCCAGUGAAUGUGCCACAGUUGCCAAGGUAACCGUGGAGCUGGAGCUCCUUCCUUCUUCCAUCCUUCCCAAGUCUUGUGCUCCAGUAGACAGAGUAACACAUUCUGUGCAACGCCCUGCCUGUUGGAACCUCCAUGAGUUCUGCUUCAAGAAUGUUGCCUUCUCUGAUUCACCCUGAAGCUGUGGCUGCCCUGGGAGUCUGUGACUAGGCAGUGAUAAUACUUCCAGUGAUCAUUUGCAUAUGACAAAAUCGCAAUUGGUGGAGGGAAGUAGAUAAGAAUGUAUUAGUGCAUUUUAAUGUAAUACCGAUUAAAGAAUAACUAAACAACUCUGAUUUUGUUUCAUUUCAUGUAAUGUAUUGAAGCCACUGGUGGCUGCCAGAGGCUAGAAAGCAUGAAAUCUUCUUGGUCCAAACUAAGAAAGGGCUGCCCGUCGGUAUGGGGACAUUCUGCCUCGACCCAACCUGGCGAGCCAACCCUUGCUUUGCAUCUCGUCCAAGCUGUCUCAUGGAAUCCAAAUCCUGCUACCUCUCUCCAAAUUGUGCUCUCAACAGGCACUGCCCCAUCCCCAUUUUAGAGGCAAGGGAGGCAAAGAUUUUUUUAGCAUCAUUUUUGGCAGAAAGAAUAUUUGACUGUCCUAAGAAUCCAGAGAAAAAUAAAUUAGGAGCCCCCGCAAUGCGCAGUAAGUACAGUACGUGGAACGCCGGAAGGAGGGACAGAGAGCGGCUGUGUGGAGCCCACGCCCUGGGAGGAGCUCGGAAGCGCUGCGCUGCGGAAAGCCUCAGGAGUCCUGCAUUAAAAACUGACUGUUUUCCCGCAUUUCAAUCAAAUAAGAUGCUGGACUUGGAAGACAUUUGACACUAAUUCUUUCUAAUGUUAUUUCUGUUAACUGUUUGUGCAUAUAAAAUUUUCAUUCAACUUAAAAAUCCAAACAUUUUUUCAACUUCUUGAAACAGUUCCUUCCUGGUUGUAUUGCUAAUUGCUCUAAUCAACUCCUCUAGGAUAAGUUCUGGCACACUACUCUCAUUUUUUAAUUACAGAGUAUUUUUAUUCCCACAGACCUUGUUUGGCAAAUCCUAAAGAAAAUCAUUACAGGCCGGUUUUUGGUUUUAAUCUCCUUGGCCCAACUACAUCAUUAGUACAUCUCAUUGGGAGCGGAAAGUCUUCUGAGCUCCCGGCAGCCCGCAGGCACCAGCGGCUCUCUGGGUCUGAGACUGACACCUUGCUCCUUCCUCUGAACCUUGCUGGCUCCCCUUCAUUUUCCAUUAUUGUUUCAGUUGAAUUAUACAUGUAGCUACUAUUAUUUCUUUCUGAAAAAUUUCAAAAAGGAGACAUUUCAAUGGACAUCGAUAUACCCAUCACUUACCUGCAUCAAUUGUUAACAUUCACUUAAUUGCUAGCAUUUCCAUAUUUUGUCUGUCUCUGUAAAUAUACACAUUCUUACUGAUGGAACACUUCAAAAUAUGUUGCAGACAUCAUAAAACUUGAAAACACUUUAUCAAUUAUCCCCAAAGUGUUUAUAUAUUUUGUUUUAAAUCCAAAAUCCAAUUAAGAAUCAUACAUUGCUAUUUAGUUGUCAUUCUUCUGAGUUAAUAGAUUGGAGUUCCUGUGUGUGUGUGUGUGUGUGUGUGUGUGUGUGUGUGUGUGUAGUGUGUCCUUCAUGACACUGCCUUAAAAAGUUAGGUCUGCUUUGUUUACAGACUGUCCACAGUCUGGGAUUCUUUUUCUGUUUCAUCCCUCAUUAUUAGAUUCCGGAUAAACAUUUUUUUAGCAAGAAUGUUAUAUAUGUGACGUUGUCUCUUUUCUAUUGCAUUAAAUCUGGAAGCAUAUAAUGUCAAGUUGUCUCACAAUGUUAAGCUUGAUCAGUGGGUUCAGGUGUCAGGGGUCUGUCAGACCCACUCAUUAUAAUGUUCUAUAAUUCAUUAUGAAACUCUGGAACUCAGCACACAUACAUUUUAUAAAUGUGCACAGCCUUAUUUUUCUCAAGGAGGACCAGGAUCUCCCAAGGAUUGCAACCAUUGCAGUUAGAAGAUGUAGUAGUGACAAGGAAUUCAUCUCUUUCCAUUUAACAGAGGUGAAGGGGAACCAAAAUGUUCCCUGUGCGGGCAGUACAUGAGCAUGCUGGCUAAUGAGAAGUUAUAUGGUCCAAAAUCCAGAGUUGAAAUGUAUGUAAUGUCUUUUUUUCCCACCCCCAAUGACCCCCCAUUCAGACCCAUGUUUAUUUUAGAGAGCAUGUACUUUCAUUGAAAAGCAUGCAUUUUGUGCCCAAGAGCAAAAAAUUGGGGUGGUAUAGAUAUUACAAAGGGACAAAGUUUGUACACCGAUAUGAAGUAUAUAUGUGGUAUGAUCAUUUCAUGGGGGUAGAGGAUGAUUUUGAAUUAAAUGUCUAAAAAUGCUUCUUAGGAGGGUAACGAUGAAAAGGAACUUGGUUGGGAAUACUCAGGUAGAUUCAGUUUCUGCUUCCAAAAAUGGUUAAUUUUCUCUUCCUGGAGUGUUUUCUCAUUUCUGAGGGGCAGAAUGAAUGAAAGCAACUUUUAGAGAUUUCUUAAUCCAUUCCUUCUACCUUCCCAAACUAUAUGAGUAACAUUCCAGGUGAAAAGAAAAAAAAAACAAUUCUACUCUCAAAGACUGUCAGGUAUAGAAAUUCUACAGUGUCCUUGAGUAUAAUGCACUGAACACUUUAUACCAUCUGAAACUUCCAUUCAACUUGAGCCAAACUAUUAGCUUUGAGUUUCAGUUCACCUUUUUAGAAUCUCACAUUUUAAAAAGAUCCAAAGAUUAAAUAGAAUAAGUAAAAAUAUAAUAAAUGAGAGCUUUAUUUGCAUGCCUAUUAAGUAUUUGAAGACCAACACCAGUUGCCCUUCAGCCUUUUUUUCCUUUAACACUCUCCAAUGGACAAAGUCCCCCAGAAGCCUUAUUGCCCUCAUACUAACAUGUCUGUGGCCCCACUUGAAGCCUGCCAAAGCACUCCCUGUCACUGUGCACUAGGAUGUAACCGGCAGUGAACAUGGAGAAAAUUAUUGCACAUUUUCUACAAAUUAUAUUGUGCCUUUGCUAAAUCCUGACUUGACUUUAUACAUUUAUAAAUUUUUGUUAUAUUUUCCCACACUAAAUUCAUAUCUAUAUUAUAUUCAACUAUUUUGAUUCAUCUUCUUUACCUUCCUUCCCUCCUACAUUUAACAUUUUUCAUGAGAUCACACUGUGUUGUCUGCUUUAAACACCUCUUUAAUUGGCAGAAUAUUAAGGGACUUGGAGAGAGUUCUUCUCAGCUUGUGGGGGUGAUUUAUGCCAAUUCAUCAUCCUGGUUGGUCAUGGAUGGAAGCACAGCAAUUCCUAUGGUCUCUAACUUUCCAUAGCCACACCCAUUAGGUAUCACACAGAAGAAAAGAAAAGUCAUAGGAAAAGCCUGGGCACAUUGUGGAGAAAUGUGUACAAAGGCAAAGUCCUAAAAGGAGUCAGGUGUGUCACUUAAACAACACUGUUGCCAUUGGUUCUUGGAUAAUUUUGGUCCUUGAUGAUGUAGGUGAUUCUCUCUUAGAAUUAGCCAAACAAACUGUGUUUUGGAAAUAAUAGAUUUUUGCUGCUUUAGAAAGUAUAUCAAUUAAAAAAAAACCUUUUUAUAACAGACUAUUUCCCUCCUCUGGGCAGUUAUUAAUUCUGGGUAAGAAGAUUUCAGUGAGCAAAUAAGAAUCUGUAACUUUUAGAGGGAAGAGUCCAGUUCUAGUCUGAUAAUUAAGCUGUUCUAUUAGCUAUUAGUGUUCUAAUUCCAAAGUUUUCCAGUAUCUUUUCUAAUUGCAUCAGAAAAAAACAUGAUCACCAAACUUUUAGCUCCAUUUGUGAUUAAAUUAAGGGUUUGACUAGAAGAACAUACUAAUACAAUUAAAUCAGUUAGAAAAGCAAACUAAAACUAAAGGACAUAUCUGAAAUCAAUUCUAUAUGAGCUUAAGAAUCCAAAUGUCACAAAUAAAGAACAUAAAACCA